AGGGGCGAUUCUCGGUCUGUGGCGCUUGCGAGUCAGCGGGAGGCGCGAGGCCGAAGGCCGCGACCCAGGUUGCUGACUCACCAUGUGGGGUCCGCCGUAACCUACUCGCCGCCCCAGGGGUCAUGCAUAUCGCAUCACAAAUGGGACGCCGGUCAUCAGAUACUGAAGAAGAAAGCAGAAGCAAAAGAAAAAAGAAACACCGUAGACGGUCAUCUUCAAGUAGUUCUUCAGAUAGUAGAACAUAUAGCCGAAAGAAAAGUGGAAGGAAGUCAAGAUCAAAAUCAAGAUCUUGGUCCAGAGAUCUUCAGCCUCGCUCUCAUUCAUAUGAUAGAAGACGCAGGCAUCGAUCAAGCAGUAGCUCUUCUUAUGGCUCUAGAAGAAAACGGAGUCGAAGUCGUUCAAGGGGUCGAGGGAAAUCCUAUAGAGUUCAGAGAUCUAGGUCAAAAAGCAGAACAAGAAGGUCCAGGUCAAGACCUCGUCCACGUUCCCAUAGUCGAAGCAGUGAAAGGUCCAGUCACCGAAGAACCCGUAGUCGGUCUCGGGAUAGAGAACGACGUAAAGGCAGAGACAAGGAGAAAAGAGAAAAGGAGAAGGAUAAAUGCAAGGAUAAGGAAUUACACAACAUCAAGCGUGGGGAAUCUGGAAACAUCAAAGCUGGAUUAGAACAUCUGCCACCGGCUGAACAGGCCAAAGCCAGACUACAGCUGGUUCUUGAAGCUGCUGCAAAAGCUGAUGAAGCAUUGAAAGCAAAAGAAAGAAAUGAAGAAGAAGCAAAGAGAAGAAAGGAGGAAGACCAAGCCACCCUGGUAGAACAAGUAAAAAGAGUAAAAGAAAUUGAAGCCAUUGAAAGUGAUUCUUUUGUUCAGCAGACAUUCAGAUCAAGUAAAGAAGUCAAAAAGUCGGUGGAAGCUGGCGAGGUGAAACACACAGCCGCAGCGUCGGGACCCGCACCCGUAGCCGCCGACCCACCCAGCAGCGAAAAAGACGUAGACGCUAGCAGCAUCCCCACCGCCAUCAAGUACCAAGACGACAACUCUCUGGCCCAUCCCAAUUUAUUUAUUGAGAAAGCCGAUGCUGAGGAGAAGUGGUUCAAGAGACUGAUAGCCCUCCGACAAGAAAGGCUGAUGGGCAGUCCUGUGGCCUAAGUAAUUUCAUAUGGUUGAAUUAACAGUACAUUGGAAGUUUAGGUUUUUAAAUCCCAGUAUUAACUUUUUAUUCUUAAAAAGCAGUUAGUUGAUUAUGUGAAAAGGUAAUGUCUUUCAUUCAUUUCUCGGGUAGGCUUGAAUAUUUGUUGGUUUGAACUUAAACAUUGUGAAUAUUAAAACUAGUAAAGUCUAACAAUGCGUGAAAAUGUCAUACUAUUAAUAAAGCUAAUCCUAAAAGUAUCAGCAGUAAAAUAAAUGGUACACGGCAGUGUUUCUGAGUAAAAUUUGAAAAAUAUCAAAUUGUCAUUUAAGGACACAAUUUUGAUAAUCAUGCAUAUGUAAGAAUCAAACUAUAUGCUAUCCAUGUGACAUUUCAUCUUCCAUGUAUUAUGAAACCAUUUUUGUGUUUGUUUGUUUUCUGAAACCAUUUUUGAAUCUUUUAUUUACCCUGUUGUAAAAAUUUAGGCAGAAUAAAAAGCAGUCUAAACAAUCUGA